AAUUGACAAAUAAUUAAAGCAAAAAUAAAAAAUUGCACUUAUUCAAAACAUAAAGUUGUAAAAAUUCCCAGUAUCACACAAAGCAUGCCACUUUAACCCACCAAAAAGCUCUGUCUCUCUCUCUCUUUCCCUCUUCUUUCCUUUCCUCCAAUGGCUUUUGCCUAUCUCUUUUCCCUCAACAACAUUCUUUCAUCUUUUCUCUCUCAUCCCACUUCUUCUCUCAUCCCAAAAUGCGGUUUCUCUGUAACACCAAAUGCGCCAUUACCACCUGCAACGAUUAUUCCAACCUCCAUGCCAAACAACCCUUUAAACUCAAACGCUUUGCUUACUCUGACCUUCAAAUCGCUACCAACAAUUUCUCUCAAUCCACUAUUCUUGGUAAAGGCUCACACGGCGUCGUCUACAAAGCUACUCUUACAAACCCCCCUUUAACCCUCGCCGUCAAAAAAUUAACGGAUACUGCUGAAAAUGAAAUCCAAAUCCUCUCUAAAAUCCGUUCAAAACGCAUCGUUAAUCUCAUCGGUUACGCCGUUGAUUCUGAUAAAAUAUUACUCGUAGUAGAAUAUAUGCCCAACGGUUCACUCUACGAUAUUCUUCACAAAAACCCCAACCCGCCCGGUUUAUUAACUCGGGUGAAACUCGCUUUACAAAUAGGGAAAGCGGUUCGGACCCUCCACAAGUCUAAUCCGCCUGUCAUGCAUAGGGAUAUAAAGUCGUCAAACGUGUUGAUUGAUGCAAAGGGAAAUGCAAGAUUAGGUGAUUUUGGGUUAGCAAUAAAAGGACACGUGGAUGACAGUCACGUAAUGGAUACACCACCGGCGGGGACGUUAGGGUACCUUGAUCCAUGCUAUCUUGCGCCGGGUGAUCUUAGUACAAAGAGUGAUGUUUUUAGUUUUGGGAUUUUUUUGCUUGAGAUUUUGAGUGGGAGAAAAGCCAUUGAUAUUGAUUAUAGUCCUCCUUCUGUUGUGGAGUGGGCCCUACCGUUGAUCAAGAGUGGGUCCUACGAAGUGAUUCUAGACCGUCGGAUUGAAGGGGAUGUAGUUGAUCAAACGGUGGUCAGAGAGUUGUGUUUAUUAUCAGCGAGAUGUGUGAGAUCAAGGGCUGAGAAACGGCCACAUGUGUCGGAGAUUGUUCGUUGUCUUAAGAAGUUGUAUAAGAGACUGAAAACGGGUGGGUUUCAUGCCUGGUGUAAUGUACGACGGCGCGUGAAAAAAUCACGACCGUUGGAUGAUUUCGACGGUAGUGAUUGCGAGGCAGUAGUAGUACCUAGUCAUGGGAGAAGGGAAGCGAAAGAAUCCAAUAUCGUGAGGAUUGAUACGAAUGAGGAAAUAGUGACAGGUGGAGCGUUUGAAACGGUUAGAUUAAGAUCAAGAGUAAAGUCAAACUCAAUUGGUUCAUUCAAAGAGAUGUCAAAAGUGGGUCCAGGACCAGGAACUGUAAGUGAGAUUACCAAGGAUUUGGUUAAAAUAAAGGGGCAAGUGAUGGUAAGAAUAAGUUCGGUAAAAUUAAGUAAAUCAAGGUCGAUGAGUAUUUUAUACAGCGGUAAAAACUCAAAGGUAAAAGAGAUGGAAGUGUUUCCAUUGUUAGUGAGUUCUACGAGUUGCAAAACUCAAAAGCUAAAAUAGCAUUGAGUGUGUAAGAUAACCUUAAAAUAAAGUAUUCAAUGGUGAAAACAUUUUAUUUCAUAAUUUGUCUUAAAGUAGUUUGUAUCACCUUAAAUGUAAUUUAUAAUUCAAAAGGAAAUAUAUUUAAUUAGUCACUUAUAUUUCAUGUAAAUUGUGUAAUAAUAACAUUAUUUGGGGUAUUUGUUAUUGUCAUCUUGGUAAA